AUGAAAGAUAUGGAGUUCAGGCUCAACUAUCAUGUUGGCACGGGAGAAGGCGGGCGCGAUGCAAGAUACAAUGUUUGCCAAGUGCUUAUUGACAAUCGUGUCCCGCACGCCAUAUGGUUUGAAGAUGCUCUUGUCCACUUCGAUGUUCCUACUGCUGUGUUUGAUCUGUAUAUUCUAGUUAUGGACAUUGACUUGGCUGCCAAUAUCCUGGCUAAGGCUGGGUGGCAUUUCGAUAUGCAAGCACCACAUCUCAUUGGGAAUGCGGAGGUGGAUUUGUUGGACUUUCCUCAACAGCGAUUAAUAUCCCCGGAUGGCGAGACGAGAACGGUUCUCCUUCCCGCGACAGACUGGAAGUUUCCUCUAACGUCCAACACCCGAUUGGAAUUUGUGCCUUUAGAAGCCAUGCCGUCGCUCAAGGUGCCAUUUCCGCCAUUGGCAGGUUUCUUGGAUGCGCUAAUCGAUAGCUGGCUCGACUGUCCCAGCAAUGAUGCGAUGCUAUUAAUUGUUCUGGCUUGCCAGAUCUCCUAUCUCUACACGCAUGCUCCGGCUUUAAAACAGAAGUCUUUCGCCGAAGAAAUGAAAUACGAGCAUCGCCAGUUUCAAUUCGACGUGUUAGCAGGAAUGGAGACUGGGACGUUGCAAUUUCGACAGCACCAGCGUGAUAUUCGGGAUGCUUUAUUACGCGGCCAGUAUACAUUGCGGGAUUGCUCCGCUUCCCGUGACAAUAAAGAUUUGUUCGACCCCUUUGGAGGGAUCACAUUUGAAUCAGUUGCGGAGGAGGAGCACGAUGAGGAAUCUUAUGAGUCCUACAAAGAUUGA